AUGUCUUCUCCAAUCGUCUACCAAUUAGGCCACGAGCCUUUGAAAGAUCAUUGUUUUUCGCCAAACCGUGAUAUCUUAGCAAUCACCAAAAACAGCACCGUUGAAAUUUAUAAAACCGGAACCGCCAAACCCCAAUUGAUUGCAGUUUUAAAAGAACACGAUAAAACGGUUACUUCUGUUGAUAUUUCUCCAGAUGGAUCUAAAAUCCUUACUUGUUCUCAAGAUCGUAAUGCGUUAGUCUGGGAAUGGAAUCAACAAGUCCAAGAAUAUAAACCAACUUUGGUAUUAUUGAGAAUUAGCCGUGCUGCUACUUUCUGUAGAUGGUCACCAUUGGGUAAUAAAUUUGCUGUUGGAUCGAGUGAUCGUAUCAUUGCAGUUUGUUACUAUGAAGAAGAAAAUGAUUGGUGGGUUUCAAAACAUUUAAAGAAACCUUUAAAAUCAACAAUUACUAGUUUGAGUUGGCACCCAAAUAAUGUAUUAUUAGCAAGUGGUUCAACCGACGGUCAUGUUCGUGUGUUCUCUGCUUACAUUAAAGGAUUAGAUUCGAAACCAGAACCUUCCGUUUGGGGUUCUAAAUUACCGUUCCAAACUUUAGUUGGUGAUUUCACUAAUGAAACCGGUGCUUGGAUUCAUGAUGUUGAUUUUAGUGAUGACGGUAAUUCGUUAGCUUAUGUUAGCCAUGAUUCUUCUAUUGGUAUUGUUUACCCUGAAGGUGAGGGUUUGGCACCAAGAGCAAUUAUUAAUGUCAAGACUAAUUAUUUACCAUUUAAAUCUUUAGUUUAUUUGAAUAACAAUACUAUUGUUGCUGGUGGUCAUAAUUGUAACUUGAUUGUCUUUCAAGGUAACGAAAAUGGUUGGAAAGAAGCUUAUCACGUUGAAAAACAAAAAGAUUUAAUUAAAGACGUUCCAAUCCCUGGUGGUGAAGAAGAAGAUGAAGAAGAAAUCUCUUCUCAUGAUGCUUUAAACAUGUUUAAACAAAUGGAUUUGAAAGGCCGUGUAAAUAAACCUGGUAAAGCCACUGGUUCUGGUAAAGUUUUAUCAACUAUUCAUCAAAAUACCAUUGCUAACGUAAGAUUAUACCAUGGUAAUCAAGUUAGUACCGCUGGUAUUGAUGGUAAAGUUGUGAUCUUCUCUAUUUAAACUUGAUAAAUACAUCUAC